AUGUGUUAUUAUAACUUUUUUAGGUUUAAACUGUUAGAAAAUGUUUGGGUUCCUAAUAAGGUUUAUGAAAUUGAAUUGAAGAAGAAGAGAUUACACGAAUUAUUGUUCAGAGAAAUUGAGAGACAUGUCAAAAUUUAUCAAUUUAACAUGACAAAUGCCAGCACUAAGAAACCAUGCUUGAAGAAUACCAAUUAUGCUAACAAUUCUCUUAAAACAUAUGGCUGCUACAUGGACUAUGUCUUGGAAAAUCUUGGACCUAACCUUUCCAAAUAUGGAUCCACAAUUGAGCACACCAUGUCCAUCUACGCCAUUCACUUUGAAGAAUUGAUUCUCUCUGUUCACAAACAUGAAGUAACCAACCUAUCCUGGACAAUCUGUCACUUGGCACAAGAUCAAUCCCUCCAAGAUAAGGUAAGAAAGGAAAUCUUCCAAUUUCAAGAUGAAUUGAAAAAUCAAAUGACCAGUUUAAUUUCACAGAAAACAGAUACAGAAGAGUAUUUGAGCAAAUUUGAUCAUUUGAAUGGAGUAAUGAAUGAUAAUAACUUUGAUGAGCCUAGAAAGGAGCUUUUGGAAGGUAUUCAUACACUCAAAAAGGAAGAUUUGGAUUUGCUCAAUAGGGUGAAUAGCAUGGACGAAACCCCACCGACAACAUUUUCUGCCAAUGAUAUUUCAGAUCCAUUUGCUUCACAUACUUCAUUGGAUACAAUUCCAUCUGAGAGUAUUGGUACUCUUUCAAGUGCUCCUUCCUCACCGGUUGGUUUCGUUCCCUCUCCAUUUUCUCGUUCGAAUGAUGAGUUGAAAGAGAAUACAUUCCCUUCAGAUCAAGAUACAAUUAAUUAUACUGAGGAGCAAAUUAUUACUGGAGAAUUGAUUCCUCCUCACUAUUUGAAUGUCAAUAGAACAGUAUCUCCAUCCAAGACAGAACAAUUAACAUUGCCAAAUAUGGAUAAUUUGAGUUUGGCUGCUCAAGCACCAAUGCAAUCUAUUGCUCAAUCCAAGAAUUAUGAUUUCAAUGUGGAGACUAUUAGUCCAGAUCUUGUACAUAAGGGAUUGGUUCAAAAGAAACUCUUGUUCAAUGCUUUAUUUGUUGAAAGUGUUCUUUCUUCCAGUUUCGACAAGCAAUUCGAAUCCAUGCACCACUCAGGCCUCCUCAAUCCAGAUGAAAACAACCUCAGACUCCUAGACGCAUGCUUUAAAGAAACUACUCGUCAAUAUUCUUUGAAAUUCAUGACAGGCAAGACGACCAAACUAGACUUUAGAACUCUUCGUUAUUUCAAUUAUGACAUUCCGAGCGGACAAUUCGUUUCCAUCGUUCCAUACUUUUCACAUCACUCGAAGGAAUAUUUCCCAUUCGAAACUCAUACCUACAGACCAGAAAGAUUCUUGGAAUUGUAUCACCCAGAUGAGAAGGAAGAAACUCCAACCAUUGAAGUUUCGAAUAGUGACACUGAGAAACAACAAGUACUUCGUGGUGGACCAUCUGAAGUUUCUGAAUUAUCCUUCAACAAGUCCAAUUCCAUUGAAGAAGAUCGCUCCUUAAUGAACAAAUUGAGAGUUGACCAAGCAUUCACUCAAUACGGAUAUGUUCCUUGCAAAUCCCAUCAACAAAUUGUCAAGAAUGGUGAAUCUAUCGAAAGUAACACUAGUGUUCUAUUGGAUACUUGUUUGGGUUGUAAUUUCAUUCAUCUUUCGAGUAGAGUUUUCGUUAUUGAACUUUUAACUCAUUACAAGGUGGAAAUUCCUCAAUGGCAAAAAGCUGAUGUUUCAUCCAACAGAUAUUUAAGUUCUGAGAGUCAUGAUUGUGCAUUCCCUAUUCAUCCAGUUGCUCUCGUCCUCAAUCCAUUCCUCUAA